CUGUCCUGCAUGCAGAUGGACAUCAGCUUACCCUGGAAGAGAUACCAGACUGCAACACCGUAGAGCUGGUGGUCAAUGGGGAUACUCUAAUUUGCUGCAAUGUCAAGGACCUGGAUUUUGGCAACUACGGAGUUUUAUUCAUUGCAGUCUCUUGCUGA